AUGACCAUCUCCCAAGAACUGUCAUCAUGGUCCUCUCCAUCGUACAUCGAAACAUCGUCGGCUCCUUCAGUUGGCAACAAAGCACCGUCGUGCCCACAGUUGGUCCUUCCGGCUGUUGCCGAAGCCACAUUUCUCACAAUGAGAAACGCAGCAUCCCAAUACCCUAAUAUCAAUUUCAUGGCCAUCUCCCACAGUGACAAGCCUUCAACAGACAAAUGGCUCGAAGCAAUCGGUGGUACUGGUGGUGCUUCGUCAGCCUCCGUGAGUGUGCUUGUCGAUGCUGAGCGUGAAAUCUAUGCAAAAUGGGGCUUGGGUGUUGUGCCCUGGAGCCAUGUUCUAAGUCCAGGGGGCUUACUGGGGGUUUGGAAGAUCGGGAAGGAGAACGGUAUUUGGAAUAGACUUACUGAGAGUGGGAGUAGGUGGCAGUGUAGCGGGCAUUGGGCCGUUGAUGAGGAGGGCGUUGUGCGCUGGGGUGGUCCUGCUGCUAGAGCGGAUGAGGUUAUUGAUAUUGAGGCGGCUAUCGGUGCUUUGCAAAAGACUGAUACACGCUGA